CACGCCUUGUGAGUGGUGAAGCUGCCAACGCUCCAUUCGAUACACUGCUUGGGGUUAGUUCGUGUCUGGCGUCGCGAGGAAAUACACUCAGCUCGAACCGGCGGAGAACGCUGCACUGAAGUUUUAUUUUGCGUUUGCUUUCCAGCCAGACUCACAAAAUGGAAACAAUAGUCAUUUUCGUGGUAAUGCUAAACGGGAAAAGACUAGCCAUUGAGGUAAAGCCUGAAGAAACCGUAGAGGACUUGAAAGCCAUAAUACACGAGAAAGAAGGCAUCCUCAUUGAGCAACAGAGACUGUACCACGACAAGAAAUUACUUAGUAAUGAACAAACACUCGCCUCCUACAGCCUGGCCUCGGAAACAGUGCUAGACUUUAAACUAUUUCUUCGGGGUGGAGGAACGGCCAUGUUUUUCCUCAGUGUGAUAAUGCCAUCAACUAAGGUGAUACAAACGGUUGUUGACGGAGGAACGACCAUCGGUGACGUGAUGAAAGCCUUGCAGAACAUAGAUCGAUCAGUAAGGACGAGCAACCACCGCAUGAUGAAAGCGGGGACGGCCAUGGAUAACAACAAGACCCUGGAGGAUUAUGGCAUCAUGUCUGAGUCGGUCUUGAGGGUGGAGAGGGUGGAAAGUACCUGCUCAUGUCUCUAAGGAGCUUCAAGUUGCAUAUGUGGAUACAGCAACAAAAAUUGCAUAUGUAUGAGUAAUGAAUAAAUUAAAAAGAAAUUUUCUACAAAGA